UAUUUCCUGAAAAACACGGAUUAAGCCCUCUUAGUUCCUUGUAUGCUGGACUACAGCGCAUGUUGACACGGGUUUAUUAUCCCUGUUCAGAUCCCCGUGAACAAAGUGUGUAUAUAUAAACACGGUCCCUCGGGUUUAAAUAUGGACAAGAAAUCAAUGUCUAUAUAUCUACGUAUAUCUGCAUUGCCAAAACACCGACACUCCACCUUCUUUUGAAAUCGGAUAUAACUGUAAGAUUGGCAUCGACUCAUCUUUUAUACAUGGAGCGCGGGCAGGUGAAGCACCGGCAGUCAGCUGUAUUGAUCCGUUAUUGACUGGAAAAAGACCGAGAGUAUCGAAAUAAUCCUGCGGAUAUCCUCGGGAACUUAGCUUCAUCCCAAGAGUCUCCAACAAUGGUGAUUAAAUAUCUCCGGGAGGGGAUGCCGAAGACGGUGUCCACAAGUGAAGUCCCGGUGUUGUAUCACGAGCCGCACAUUGAGGAAGGUUACCGUCAGAGUGGCCUGCCGUGGAUGUAUUACAUAUCGAGUCUGUUCCAGAUGCACAACGAAACGCUCAAUGUCUGGACCCACCUCAUCGGGUUCGUCCUCUGUGUGUACAACCUCCUGUCUUUCCAGGACAAAUACGAUCUGAUUGACGAUCCUUACAUGUGGCCGCUGGUUGCUGGGUACGCCGGAAUGAGCGCCAUGUUUUUAUUUAGCGCAUGCGCACACCUGAUGGCCAACACGUCCAGUGUGGUGCACUAUACGGGUUUUGGCGUGGACUAUGCAGGACUCAGCUUAUAUGGGAUCGGGAGUGUGGUGCUCCAUUUCAAUUAUACAGUUCACCAUUCCGUCAAAGGUUCUUUCAUUCACGAAUACUCCGUGCCAAUAGGCUGUGUGCUGACCAUCUUCGUCUGUGUAUGUGGAUGUGUUUCUAAAUUUAGAUACAGCAGACCGUAUCCAUUCGCGCGGAAGUUGUGGAUCAUCGUUCCGGUCGGGCUCGUGUUUAUUCUAGUGGAGAUUCCCAUACUACAUAGACUGUACUUAUACCUCCUACACCGAAUCCACGACGAGAGUCUUAUACACCACCUAGGUCACAUGACCUUCUUCAUCGUGGCGGCCGUGUUUUUCGGGUCCCACAUUCCCGAGCGGUGGUAUCCCGGGAAGUUUGACCUGAUUGGACACAGCCACCAGAUCUUUCACGUGUUUAUUGUCCUUGUGGCCAUCGAGCAGACGGAGGCCCUCAAAAUAGACAUCUUUAACCAGAGACAAAAUGGCCUCUCUCACGUGACCGAGUCCAAGUCCAGCUUCAUUCACACGUUCGGUGUGGUUCUGUUCGUCCUUUUUGUUGAUACAUGCAGCGUGUAUUAUUUUCAUAAGUGUGUCAAAGACAGGGAAACCAAGUCAGAAUGACAUCAACGCGUACCUGUGUUUGUUUGUUCUCAUUAAUUUGCAUUGAUUCUGUUAUUUAUUGAUACCAUGCAGUAACCUAAGGCAUCUGUAGCAAAGUUUUAUUUCUCACUGUUAUACAUUUAAUUACCACACGUGUGAAAAUGUUUUAGGAAGAAUGGAAAAUUUACAUGUUCAUAUCAUUAGAAGAUAAACUUAAUAUGCAGCAAUUCAAUUUAAAACAUGUUUCAUCUUAGCGCACAAUGAACAGAUAUUCAUAUUUAUCGCAAUCAGGCUGGGUGUUUACUUGGCUUUUAAUGAAUGAUCAAUCGUCGUGCCGAACAAUAAGAGGCAUAACGAACGCACAUAUCUGAUGAGGAAUUUUAUACAUGGAUCAGAUGUAUUUUUAAAUAGCGUACAUUCCCAUCUAUCUAAUUAAUUUUUCAGUGCUUUGAUGUACAUACGAUUGACUUUGAACUUUAAAAAUGAAGGUCGGAACGAAUAAAUUGGCGUGCAAUAGCAAUUGCCCAAAUUACGCUAAAAUUAACUCUAGUUUUGCAAAAUUGUAUUUUCUUUUCUUAUGACGCGCAAAAAUUUGUUUAUUUCGGCUACAUGUAACUGCUUACUAAAUACAUGUUAAUUUGUAUAUUAUACAUGUAAAAGACAAUAACACUUUGUAUUAUAUAUUUAGUCCCUGUU